AUGUUGUCAGACCAGAAGCGUUCAGGAUCGAAUCGAGGGAGAUCUCCCACCAUCCGGGAGCUGAUGUUCUGGGGAUUUUUUGUAGUGACCGAGUAUUUUAUUGAUCAGCUGAGGUCAGAUGGAGUUGUUCAUCUUCCUCGGCGUGUUACCAAUGAAAUUACAAAUAAUACUCGAUAUGAAUUUUACACACAAGGAGGAGUCAUCUUUGCAACAAGUCGAAUCCUUGUGGUAGAUUUCCUUACUGACAGAAUUCCUGCAAACCUCAUUACCGGCAUUUUGGUAUACAAAGCGCACAGAAUCAUUGAGUCCUGUCAGGAAGCAUUUAUCUUGCGACUUUAUCGCCAGAAGAACAAGCAAGGCUUCAUUAAAGCUUUUACAGAUAAUGCGGUUGCAUUUAACACUGGCUUUUGCCACGUGGAAAGAGUGAUGAGAAAUCUUUUUGUCAGGAAACUUUAUCUGUGGCCAAGAUUUCAUAUAGCAGUGAACUCAUUUUUAGAGAAGCAUAAACCUGAAGUGGUGGAAAUACAUGUGUCAAUGACCCCUGCUAUGCUUGCUAUCCAGACUUCAAUCCUGGACAUCUUGAACGCAUGUCUGAGAGAACUCAAACGUUAUAAUCCAGCUCUUGAAGUAGAAGAUCUAUCUUUAGAAAAUGCUAUUGGUAAACCUUUUGACAAGACGAUACGUCACUACUUAGAUCCUCUCUGGCAUCAGCUUGGAGCUAAGACAAAAUCUUUGGUCCAGGAUUUGAAGAUACUACGUACUUUGCUACUGUAUCUAACUCAGUAUGAUUGUGUCACUUUCCUUAAUCUUCUGGAGUCACUGAAAGCAAGUGAAAAAGCUUUUGGUGAGAAUUCAGGUUGGCUGUUUCUUGACUCCAGUACUUCAAUGUUUGUAAAUGCUCGGGCUAGAGUUUAUCGCAUUGCAGAUGAGAAACUGAAUCAGAAAGGCAAAGUAUCUGAAAAAAGUGAUGUAAAGAAGGAAAAUGAACUGAAAAGGGAAUUGGUUCUAGAAAGUAACCCAAAAUGGGAAGCUUUGAGAGAAGUACUGAAAGAGAUUGAAAAUGAGAAUAAGAACAGUGAAGACCUUGGUGGUCCAGGGCAAGUGCUUAUUUGUGCCAGUGAUGACCGAGCUUGUGCACAGCUCAGGGAGUAUAUUAUUGCUGGAGCAGAAGCUUUUUUAACAAGACUGUAUAACAAAACCUUUGGAAAGGAUGAGAAAGCUGGAGAAGUGUGGAUUAAGGACAGAAAAGCCGUCAAGUCCAAAGGAAAUUCCAGACCAGACACAGGGCCUCAAGCCAAAAAAGCCAAACUCACCGCUUCUUCAAAACAAAAUAAACACAAGAAGCAGCAAGACCGGACUAUCAUCCAAAUGAUGGGGAAAACUGAGGAGGAAAAGAGAGAGGAGUUAGAGGUGGAAGAUAACAAAGAAUUAAGCAGUAGCCAGGAAAGCAGUAUUGAAGAGACCAUUCCUGAAGACUUCCCUAUGAACUUACCCUCAGACUGUUACUACGGUAUUUUCAAGAACCCGCUCACAAUUAUUCACCCGUUGCAGGGCUGCAGUGAUCCCUAUGCGCUCACUCGGGUACUGCAUGAAGUAGAACCAAGAUAUGUUGUAUUAUAUGAUGCAGAACUAACUUUUGUUCGGCAGCUGGAAAUCUACAAGGCAAGCAGGCCUGGGAAGCCUUUGAGGGUUUAUUUCCUCAUAUAUGGGGGCUCAACAGAAGAACAGCGCUAUCUCACAGCUCUGAGAAAAGAGAAGGAGGCCUUUGAAAAACUCAUUCGAGAGAAGGCCAGCAUGGUUAUUCCCGAAGAAAGAGAAGGAAGAGAUGAAACAAACUUAGACCUAAUAAGAGAUGCUAAACCUGCCUCUGUUUCUACUGACACACGCAAAGCAGGUGGACAGGAACAGAAGAGUGUUCAGCAAACUGUAAUAGUGGAUAUGCGGGAAUUUCGUAGUGAGCUUCCGUCACUGAUUCAUCGUCGUGGCAUUGACAUUGAGCCUGUUACUUUGGAAGUUGGAGAUUAUAUUUUAACUCCUGAUAUCUGUGUAGAGCGGAAGAGUAUCAGUGAUCUGAUUGGUUCUUUAAAUAAUGGAAGACUGUACACACAAUGCAUUUCUAUGUCCCGUUACUAUAAGCGACCAAUUCUCCUGAUUGAAUUUGAUCCUAACAAAUCUUUCUCCUUGAUUCCACGAGGCUCUCUACAUCAGGAAAUUUCCAGUAAUGAUGUUACUUCUAAACUAACCCUUCUUACACUCCAUUUCCCAAAGUUACGUAUCCUGUGGUGUCCCUCUCCCCAUGCUACUGCUGAACUGUUUGAAGAGUUAAAACAAAACCAUCCCCAACCUGAUGCAGAAACAGCAAUGGCUGUCACAGCAGAUUCUGAAAUUCUUCCUGAGUCAGACAAGUAUAACCCCGGUCCCCAGGACUUUCUGUUAAAAAUGCCAGGUAUUAAUGCAAAAAACUGCCGAGCCUUAAUGAACCACAUCAAAAGCAUUGCAGAGCUAGCGACACUGUCAAAGGACGAACUCUCCAAAAUUUUGGGUAAUGCUGCCAAUGCCACGCAACUCUUUGACUUUAUUCACCUGACCUACGGAGAGGCAGUAUCUAAAGGAAAGAGCAAAAGAUGACUAAUGAGGUUGUUCAACAUAGGGCAUAGAUAAGCUUUUCUUGCACAGUACUUACUUAGGCAAAAUACAUGAAAUAUUUCAAUAAAUGCCCUCUAAGAUAACCAGCUGUUCCUUGCUAAUGCUGUUCCAUCAGUUUUAAUAUUUGGUUUAAUUAUUACUGAAAGCAAGUUUCAAGAGGAAUUAAAAAUGUUUUUAAUAGAGAAAUGCAAAUGAUUUUUAUUCUCUCUACAGCACUUUAACCAAUUCUAUAAUAUCACUGAAUGAACUAAGUUCUUCACCAAGUCCAUAAGAAUUAAGUGCUAAGACUAAUUGAUAAAGGUGUUUUCUUUUGAAAGUUAUGAUGUCUUGUUAAAGCUAAAAAGGUACUGUGUUUUGAUUAGUAUGUGUGACCUGCUGCAUGAUAUAUCACUUUGCUUUUGCCAUUUUUAUUAAUGUCUUACUCUCUGGAAACUACCAAUUUUCCAUUGACAGUGAUGGAACUAUUUGUAACACAUGAAUUUUAGAACUUCAUCAUAAGCCUUUGUCACAGUAAACUAUAAUUGUAUGGUAUGUUCUACAUUGUAUCUGCUUACUUUACUAGAAGUUAUACUUUCUUUUUUGACAUUCCAAACUCAGUACAGCUGUCUUGCUAGAUUUUGCAAAGUGCAUUCCUUUGGACUAGACUGGAUAGAGAUUCUGUGGUAGCACAACACAACUUAAUUCUCAGCGUGCCUUACUUACGCUUUUAAGAUGCUUUUUUUUUUUUUCCCCAAAAAUCAGUUUUGAUAGCUCUUUCACCUCAUUCAUUUGAAAGUGAAACAUUUAGGUAUACCAUUGAGACUAUUCUUUUAUACCAGAGCAUAUUUCCUCUCAUAAAAUGCAAUAGUUUUCUAAGUAAGGUUUUCCAAAAGUGUUUACAGUUUUUCCAAUAUUGUCUUCUUUCUGUGUCCUAUCGCACUUACAUUUUAAUGUCUUAAAUAGAACAUCUGUCAAUAAAUUCAGUAAAGCUCUUGUCACCUGAAGAUAAAACUUUUAGCAUUCUGUGUAGCAUAAAACCAGGAAAAGUUACUCUUUUGAUAGUUUGUGAAUGUGUAUAUUGUUUAAAAACAUAUAUUCUGCACUGAACUUUGAUACGACAACUGUGUAAAAAACUGCCAUUGCCAAAUGGGUGUCAUUACAUGCUAAUGUAUUUACAUUAGCUAUUCACAAAAUCUUUAUCUAUAAUGACUUGCACAUAUGUACUUAUAUGAUUCUAAUGCUAACAACAGAUCAAUAUAAUCUCCAUCAUUAGAGGAGAAAGUAUUGAUCUUCUGUAUUCAGGUUUAGUAAAAACUGUACUGUGCACUUUCAGGUUUAAUGUUUGUGCAUUUUAAGUGUGAAUUAUGAAUUUGUUAACUUAGAGUCUAGGACUGAGCUGUGACAGACUUCAAAGUGAACAUUUUUCUGCAGAUGUAAAUUUCAGUAUUAAAUACAUCCAUAACAAGAUUAAAAUCUGUUAAUUAUCUUGUUUCUCUUUUGGCUGCAUUGAUAUCAGAACAUUUUUACUUUUAGUGUGUGGUUUAUAAUCCAGAUCUUAGGGUUUCUAUUGCCCUAUAUUCUAAUUUAUUUCAUUUAAUAUAAAAAGAAGUCUUUCCAUGAGACUUUUGCUUAUUCAAAGCAAUAAGUUCAGAAAUGUUCAGGGUUGAGAAUGCCUGUAAAGUCGUGCUAAGAGAACCAAAAAUCAGAGUAAGAACAUAACUGUCCUGAAUGCAUAGCCUAUAGAGCCUGAUUCAGAAAAGGAGAGCUGAACAACCUUUGAAAACAUGUAUUGUUCGUGCAUUUGCAUCAUUAAGAUGUUACAUGAGCUGUGGUUUUAUGUUUUGGGUUUGUUUUAGUUUUUGGUUUGGGGGGUUCUUUUCAGAUGUAUGGCAUCGGCUUUGUCAGUGUUUUGGGGUUUUUUUGCUUAGAUUUGCAUAAGGUGAAAAUGAAGGGUAUAUGAAGAGGUUAUAAAGUUGUAGCUUUGUGUUGUACGCUAGAUCAAAGUCAUAUAAUGCAAUUAAAUAAUAUUUGCUAAAUAUUUAGAUUAAAUUGUCUUUUGUUUGUAUAUGUGGAAUUUUUGUAAGGUUUUUUUUUUUUGGUUGGGUUUUUUGUUCAAUGCAGGAUUUAGCUUUUUCUUUAAAAUAACCACAAGUAACAUUGUUGUAUGUUAUUACUGCUUAUUUGUGAUUUGGCAUUUUACUGUAUUAGGUUAGGUUGCAAGUUAGUGAUGUGUCCUUCUGGGGCAGUAGGUACAAAUCAUGAACAAAGGUAGAAGAGGUCUUGUCUCCUGAAACCACUUAACCCUGAAAUAACCAAGCCAAAGACUCUACCUGUAUGCAGAUGCAACAAAAUGUUUGGGUGAAUGAUGAAAAUCUAGGAUGCGUUACCUGGCCUUACAGUGUUCUUCAGCUUGCUUUCAUCAACAGUAAUGAAAUUUUGUAUAUCUUCUUGUCAUUGCUUGAUGUUUUAAGUUUGUGCUUU